AUGUAUAGGCAGCUUGGGAGAUCUAGUCGAGCAGGAUCUAAAGGAUUUUCUGGGUGCUUGGCCUUGUUACAGGCUUGGAUCUAUGAGUAUUUUCGAUCGCUACGCAUUAACAGAGAUGCACCACAGAUCGUGACACAGGGAGACCCAUUGGCUAGGAGGUGGGAGGGUCCCGUUCAUGGAUGGGGGCCUAGUGAGGUUCCACGACGGUUGGAUCAUUAUCGUCGACUGUUGGACGACUUUACAGCGGACCACGUGGACUGGCUUCCUUUUGGUGCCCACCCUGGUCGUGCGGUACCUAGAUCUUUGUAUCGGGGGGUGAUACGUAUCUAUGACGUGGCUGAGGCCUACGAUCCCUCACGCACUCUCCGUCAGUUUGGGUAUAGACAGGUGAUCCCUGAUCCUCCUAUUCUACCAUCUCAUGUCAGUCGACCUGCUGUAGGGACCUAUAAGGUCGUUUUUGGGGCCGACCUCGAUCAUCUUUGGAGGUCUCGCUGUCAGCUGAUCAAUUUGGAUGCCUACUCUACACCUUUCGACGACACAUGA